AUGACGCUGAAGAUGGACGGUCGAGGAACAGGGUUUGGGGUCCUGUCGACGUGUCACUCGCUCGUCGACCUGGACGGUGCGCUGUCUGGGGAUCCCAUCGAGGUCGCGGCGCUGGAGGGGGUCGGGUGGACCUACGACGCCGAGGCCGAGGUGGCGAAGCCCAGCACAGACAGGAAGGCGUUGACGGACAAGGGCGGUGGCUCUGCGGUGACAUCUGCGCACAUCAAGCACCGGUUCCACUUCGCCUCGGCCCUGCAGCGCAUGGCGGUGGUGGCAGAAGUGAGGAUGUCGGGGAAGCCCGCCGGCCUCGAGGGCGGGCCGGGGCUCUACUGCCUCGUGAAGGGCUCGCCGGAGGCCCUGGGCCCGUUGCUGGCGGAGGGCGCCAUGCCCGCGUGGUUCGAGGGGUGCUACGUCGAGCUUGCCGAGAGAGGGCUGCGAGUACUCGCGCUUGCGUACCGCCGGAUGGACAACAGGACCUGGAACGACGGCAGCAAGCCCGCGCGAGAGGAGGUGGAGACUGGCCUCCGCUUCGCCGGCUUCAUCGGCUUCGAGUGCAGGUCGCGGGCAGACUCCCCGCUCGUCAUCGGGGCGCUGCGCGAGUCGGACCACCAGGCCGCGGGUGCUCUCCCGGCCAUGCUGCGGGAGGGUGCCCGAGGGCACCCUGCCUUAGAGUCGCUGCUGCGCACCGCGCGGUGCUGGCAGCGCGAGCAGUAG